AUUCUUUUUUUUCUCACUUACCAAACAAUACAAUACAUUGUCUAGAUUGAACUAAAGACAAAAAAUGGGAGACCAAAGCAAAAAUAAUACAUCACAAUUUCACACCCACAUGACUCCCAAACUCACUCCUACAUCCCUUCCUCAACGCAAUAACCAGGAUUGGUCGCCGCCGGUCGACGAGGCUUCCUCCACUGCACCCACAUCUCCUCCUUCAUCUACUACUCAAGAUUCUUCUGUUCAUACUGAAAUGACUUCAAUGGUUGCUAAGGCAGGUAGUUGUAGCGGCCAAGUAUCUUCACCAGUAGCUGUUCAAGAAAAGGGAAGUAGGAAUAAGAGGAAAUUUCGGGCCGAUCCACCUUUUGGUGGCACACAUAAGAUUGUCUCUUUACCUCAAAGUGAAUGUUCAGCUUAUGAAUUCUCUGCUGACAAAUUUGAAAUUGCCCCAGGUCAUGAGCAAUCUGGUGUCUGUGACUAUUGUAGUUCCAAUCUAGAGCAAUCUGAUAAUUUAAAACUUGACCUUGGCUUGUCUAGUAACGUUAGUUCAUCUGAAGUUGGGCUUAGCCAACCUAGUGAGGAAUUAGAGGUAGAUGAAUGUGAAGAUGCUGGUUGGAAUGAUCUUACGGAAGCCCAGCUUGAAGAACUUGUUUUGAGUAAUUUGGACACUACCUUUAGGACUGCAAUAAUAAAAGUUAUGACUUGCGGCUACACUGAGGAAGUUGCUAGAAAGGCAGUCUUAAGGUCUGGCCAUUGUUAUGGGAGUAAAGACACGGUUUCAAAUAUAGUGGAUAAUACUUUAGCAUUUCUUAAAGGUGGACAAGAGAAUGAUCCUUCAAGGGAGCAUUGUUUUGACAGCCUACAACAGCUGGAGAAGUAUGUAUUGGCAGAAUUGAUCUGUGUUCUUCAAGAGGUUCGGCCUUUUUUCAGCACUGGGGAUGCAAUGUGGUGCUUGUUAAUCUGCGAUAUGAAUGUGUCUCAUGCUUGUGCAAUGGAUGGUGAUCCCUCGUAUACUUCUGGUAAUGAUGAUGCUCCAAGUGGGAGUUCAUCUACUUUAAACCAACCUCAACUUAAAGUGGAAUGUAAAAGUUCAGAAUUGCAUCUUUGUUCGCAUAGUUGUCAAUCUGAGGCACCUGCUGUAGCUUCAGUACCCAGCAUAACAAAGCCAAAGGCUUCCCUUGGAUGUGGUAGAUUGGUUUCGAAGGAGGGAAAGAAUUCCAUUUCUGAUUCUAUGGAUAAAUCUUUCAGUGCUACUGGAACAUCUCAAUCUACCGCGUCAGAGGAGAAGCUUGGAAGCAGUAGAAGGGUCCAUUCUGAAAGUAGCAAGAGAGAAUACAUGCUUCGGCAGAAGUCACUUCACCUGGACAAAGGUUUCAGGACUUAUGGAAAAGGGACUUCAAGGUCAGGUAAGUAUAGUGGUUUGGGUGGUUUAAUGUUGGAUAAGAAACCAAAAUCUAUGUCAGAUUCUACUGCUGUAAAUUUAAAGCAUGCUUCCUCAAAGAUAAGCAAGGCUAUGGGAGUUGAUGUGCCUCAAGAUAAUGGGAACAAUAAGACUUCUGUCAAUGCUGCAACCUCUUUCCCAGUAGCAUCAAGCCUGGAUACCGAUAAUGCAUGUUCAAUUUCUGUCCCUAAGAAGGAUAAUAGUCAGUCAACGUUACCUGCAGUCAGUAGUGUAACAGCAGUACCUGUGGUCGACACAGAAGUGUCAUUACCUGCAUCAGAUACUCACCAUGCUUUAUCAGCUGCCGAUACUGAGCUUUCUCUAUCACUUUCUACAAAAAAUAACUCUGCUGCUAUUCCAACCCAUUGUACUGCCGAGGCAUCAAAUUCUAGUUAUGCUGGAAUACCAUAUGAUAAGUCUUUGGGGCAAUGGGUUCCUCGUGAUAAAAAGGAUGAAAUGGUUCUGAAGUUGGUACCAAGGAUAAGGGAAUUGCAAAAUCUGAUGCAAGUGUGGACAGAAUGGGCAAAUCAAAAGGUUAUGCAGGCUGCCCGUAGGUUGGGUAUGGAAAAAGAGGAACUUAAGAUCCUAAGGCAGGAGAAAGAAGAAGUGGAGCGCCUAAAGAAAGAGAAGCAAACUCUAGAGGAAAACACCAUGAAGAAGCUUUCUGAGAUGGAGUUUGCUUUGAGCAAAGCUAGUGGUCAAGUUGAACGAGCUAAUUCUGCUGUUCGGAAGCUUGAUGAAGAGAAUGCAGCACUGAGGCAGGAAAUGGAAGCUGCAGAACAACGUGCUGCAACGUCUGCUGCAAGCUGUGAGGAAGCAUCAAAGAGGGAGAAGAAAACGUCAGUGGAGUUUCAGUCAUGGGAAAAGCAUAAGACCUUUCUGCAGGAAGAAUUAACAAUGGAGAAGCACAAGCUAUCGAAGAUGAUCCAGGAGCUAGAGCAGGCAAAGUAUAGGCAUGAACAACUUGAGGCUAGAUGGCAACAAGAGAAGAAAUUAAAGGAGGAACUAUCUAUGCAGUCAAGUUCAGUGAGAAAAGAUAGAGAGCAACUAGAGGUUUCAGCAAAAUCAUCGGAGAACAUGAUGAAAUUUAAAGCAGAAAACAAUCUAAAGAAGAACAAAGAUGAUAUUCAGAAGCUCGAAAAAGAAAUCUCUCAACUCAGACUGAAAAUUGAGUCUCCAAAAAUUGCUGCGCUCCGAAGGGGGAAUGAUGGAAGCAAUGGUCGCAAGCUGGCAGAUGUCAAAAGUGACCAGUAUCAAAAUCAAGCAGCUGCAAAGAUGAAUGACCACUCGGAGACAGGCAGUGUAAAACGCGAAAGAGAGUGUGUUAUGUGCCUCUCAGAGGAAAUCUCUGUAGUAUUCCUUCCAUGUGCUCACCAAGUGGUUUGCACAAAGUGCAAUGAGCUCCAUGAGAAACAGGGUAUGAAAGAUUGUCCUUCUUGUAGGAGCCCCAUACAGAGGCGUAUUUCAGUACGUUAUUCUCGCUCUUAAUUUUUUUAAUUUUUUAUUUCAUUUUUGUUCUGGAAUUUGAUUUGAGUGGUUUUGAAUAAAACAUUGUGAGACUCCAUAUGAAAAUUGGAUAAUCCAUUUGAGUUCCAAAUUGGUCUCUUCAGUUCACAACAUAUGAUGUUGAAGGUACCUAUAAAAACAGUUUUGUUGACUCAUUUAAAAUGAGUCUAAGAUAUAAUAUUGUAAAUUUUAAAGAA